AUGGAUAACGAAUCAUCCCGAGAUGGCCCGUCAUCAACAAAGGGGGCCAAGAACUCUCCCGUUGUGCAUGAAAAGGUCGACAAUGGCAAGUUGGAGAGAUCCCCGUCGUCAAUUCAUAAUGGCGGUGUCGUAAUACAAACACAGAAGCCCUUCACAACCUUGUCUGCCAUUGGCAUUGGAUAUGGAACCACCAAUACCGCCGUGGGCAUCCUUCUAGUCCUUGGAAGCACGCUUCCAAUGGGUGGCUCUCCGCUCGUGUUUUGGGGGUUUUUGUUAAUGGCUGGCGUCGGUCUUGCCACAGCCACAACCCUCGCGGAACUGGCAUCUGCUUUCCCUCACCCGGGAGGGCAAUAUAUCUGGGUCAACCGGCUGGCUCCUCCCCGGUAUCGGCGAUUCAUGUCGUUUGCAACAGCCAUGGUCAGUUGGCUCGCAGCGGUGGCGACAGGUGCCUCGGCAUGUCUCUCCGUUCCUGCAGGAGUAUUCUCGAUAAUUAGACUGCUGAAUCCCGACUUCGUCGUUCAGAGAUGGAUGAUCUUCAUUGGGUAUCAAAUUUUGAAUAUCCUCACUCUCGGACUGGCAACUUUUGAGCAUGCGCUCCCUAAAAUUUCGAAAGUGAUGUUGCUUUUCAGUUGCCUGACAAUAGGGGUGAUCUUCAUCUCACUCUUCGCCAUGUCCAAGAGUCACUCUACUGCCAAGGAUUUCUUCGUAUCGUCUGUCAAUGUGACUGGCUGGCAGAAGGGGAUUGCGUUCAUUAUUGGCAUGAACGGUGCUAAUUGGAGUUUUUCAUGUCUUGACGUCGCCACCCAUCUUGCCGAGGAGAUACCCAACCCCGAAUCCAACAUCCCCAGAGCCCUCAUCUGGACUAUCGUAAUUGGAUUUGUGUCGGGUCUUCUGGUGAUUAUGUCUGUGCUGAUCAACGUCGAGAGCAUCGAUGGAUCUGGCGACAACUCCGCCGUGGCCCUGUUCUAUCAGAUUACUGGCAGCAAAGCAGCCGCUGUUGGACUAUGGGUCCCAGUUCUGAUCACUACGGCCGGAGCAGUUUGGUCCAUUCAAACAUGGCAGUCUCGUAUCGCAUGGACUAUCAGCCGCGAAGCUGGUUUCCCGAUGCAUCGGCAUCUGAGCAAGCUUGCCCCUGCACCUUUCUACACGCCUAUUUGGUCCAUGGUAAUGUCGAGCACUUUUACCGCGAUAUUCGGUUGCCUGUAUCUUGGAUCCGAGUUGGCCUUCAAUUCCCUCAUUUCCACGGGUCUUAUGCUCCAAUACAUUAGCUACAGUAUUCCCGUUGUGCUUAUGCUCAUGCAAGGCCGAUCUAACUUCCCGCAUGGACCUUUCUGGUAUCCCAAGCUAGGACUAAUCGCGAAUAUUGUCAUGCUCGCUUGGGGUGCUGUUGCUAUAGUCUUUUAUUGUUUCCCGUACUAUCUUCCGGCCGUCGCUGACCAGAUGAACUAUGCUUCGCCAGUGCUUGUCGCCGUGGCCAUUCUGACCAUUUCCCUUUGGUUCUUAUUCGCUCGUAAAACGUACGAAGUGAAGGAAAUUCUGGGACAUUAA